GAGCUGCACCGCUUUCUCUUUCUGGUGUCUGCUGUCCUCCCCACAACUAUGGAACAGGCACCAUCAGGACGACAGCCAACAUUCUCAGAGCCUCAGAAGCGCACACCAUCUGAGGAACGAGAUCCUGCAUUCUGGAAUGACAUGGCACAUCGCGACCUUGACAGAGCCAUUCAGCUACAGAAGUUGAACUUGAACGUGGCCAAAAAUGUGGUGCUGUUCAUAGGAGACGGCAUGGGUGUAACUACUGUGACUGCUGGGAGGAUUCUGAAGGGACAGCUACAAGGCCAGCCAGGGGAGGAAACUGUGCUAGCUAUGGACUCAUUGCCACAUAUGGGCCUAGCCAAGACCUACAACCUGGACUAUCAGGUACCAGACUCCGCAGGUACAGCCACAGCUUACCUGUCAGGGGUGAAGGCAGAGCGAGGGACUGUAGGGGUCAACUGUCGGGUAAGGAACGGGGUCUGUGCAACUCAGAAGGGCAACGAGGUCAACUCAAUCCUGGUGCUGGCCAAUCAGGCAGGCAAGUCUACAGGAGUUGUGUCCACCACCAGCUUGACCGAUGCCACAGUAGCCUCCACAUACGCACACAGUGCUAGCCGAUACUGGGACACUGAUGCUAACCUGCCCUGGGAGGCUGUUCAAAAUGGGUGCAAGGACAUUGCAGCUCAGCUGGUGGAUAGUGCUCCCGAUAUAGAGGUGCUUCUAGCUGGUGGACGUCAGAACUUCCUUCCUCAAAACAUUCCUGACAUGGAGUAUCCCAACAGGUAUGGGACCCGUCAAGACGGCAGGAACCUCCUUGAAGAAUGGGUGACCAGAAAACCAGGGACGGCCCAGUUUGUGUGGAACAUGGAUGAGUUCAAUGCCAUAGAUUCAAACAAGACAGACUAUCUGUUGGGGUUAUUUGAACCUCACCACAUGAAGUUUUCCAUUGACCGUGAACUUGACAGUGCAGGCGAGCCAACCCUUUCCAACAUGACCCAAAAAGCCAUCCAGAUCCUACAGAAGAACAGCAAUGGUUUCUUCCUGCUGGUGGAAGGUGGGCGCAUUGACCAUGGACACCAUGCAAAUCAAGCUGUCAGGGCACUGCACGACACAGUUGCAUUUGAUGAUGCCAUUCAGGUUGCCAAGGACAUGCUUGAUAUGCAGGACAGUCUGAUCAUUGUGACAGCCGACCAUUCUCACACCUUCACCUUUGGGGGUUACCCAAGUCGAGGAAAUCCAAUAUUUGGAAAGACUGAUUACAACUUUGGUUUUGAACUUCUGGACCGGAAGCCGAUGACAAGUCUGCUGUAUGGUAACGGGCCGGGCUACAGUCUGUCUGGUACAAGGGAGGACAUUACGAACAUUGACACAGGAAGCAAAGACUACAAACAGCAAAGUGCGGUGCCUCUGGCACACGAGACACAUGGUGGAGAGGAUGUGCCCGUCUUUGCAGGGGGUCCCAUGGCACAUCUGGUCCAUGGUGUCCAUGAACAGAACUACGUUGCACAUGUCAUGAAGUAUGCAGCGUGUCUCGGAGAGUACCGCGAAAACUGUCACACUCAGCGAGAGCCAAGAGCAGCAAGGGGCGGUGUGGCUGUCAGGACAUGGGACUUCAAAACAAAAAUAAUUGUAUUGAUUUUGAUUGUUAAUUUGUUACCAUAUUCUCCCAUUGACAGUCAAAAUGCCAUGCACAAUGGCAAAAGAUAA